GGAAGGGACGAAUGGGUUUUGUGGUUGAAAAUGACGGAAGCAGGCGACACGUGCAGCGACGACAGGACUCAGAGAUUCACACAGAGAAGCAUUCACUUCAAUUUCACUCAGCAUUGUGGUGUGUGUGGUACUGCAGCGACCCACAGACUAGAGAGACUGCUGAGAGAUGGACAAGCAGCCAGAGAGCAGGCCAGGUAUGGCCAUAGGCAGCAACCCUGUCUCCUCCAACGGACAAGCAAGUCCAACGGAGAGCUCAUCGGCUGCAGGCAAGCUUAAGCAACGAAAGACCAUCGGGCGCACGGCAACAGGUGCAGGUGUGUCUAUCCAUUCGAAGAAUACAUAAGAGAACGUGCUGAUUAGAUAGUCUUUGAGGUGCCGACAACGCACGACAUGGUCUCCACCAUUCUGGAUCCACGGCAGCCAAAGUCAGAGUGGGACCUCUUUAUCGUUGGCACCAUCUUGGCACACGUUGGACUGUACUUUCUGACCUCUGGAUGGCUUCGAAAGGCAUUGUUUCUUGCUCUAUUCACGUUCUGGCGUCUGAGCUACAACCUGGGCAUUGGCUUUGUUCUGCAUCAGCAGUCCAAUGUCAAGCAAAACGACAUGGGCUGGCUUGUCAAAAAGGCACACGAUAUCGGUAUCUUUGACGCAUCCAAGAAUCCAAAGCUCUAUCGAUUCGUGAGGCGACAGCUCAUUGACAAGAUGGGUCCUGAUUUUGACUAUGAGAAAUCUCCCAUCGAAUACCAGACCUGGUUGCUGUUUCGUCGUGGUGUCGACUUGAUUCUCAUGCUUGACUUUUGCUCCUAUGUCCUCAUGGCUGUGAGCUGGUCUUAUGUACCGAAAUCUCACGGCAUCGUCAUGCACACGGCUCGUUGGACAUUUGGCUGGAUCCUCGUUCUCUUCAACUUGUGGGUCAAACUCGACGCCAAUCGCGUCGUCAAAGAUUUCGCCUGGUACUGGGGAGAUUUCUUUUAUCGCCUCUUGGACUCUGACCUCACUUUCGAUGGAGUGUAUGAGCUCUGCAUGCAUCCGAUGUACUCGCUUGGCUAUGCUGGCUACUAUGGUAUCUCUUUGCUCGCAUGCAGCUAUGCAGUCCUCUUCACCUCCAUCAUCGCGCACAUCAGUCAAUUCAUCUUCCUCUACACAGUGGAGGAGCCCCACAUCCGCAAGACGUACUCGCCCAAGAGCACCCUUAAGAUCCAGUCCAAACACGAACUCAAGAAGGAGCUCAUGUCAAAUGAACGUGCCUUUGGCGAAGCUGACUCAUCUCCGCGCGGUGAGGGAUCCGUGGAGCGCAUGUUCGACUUGUUCCGAUCGACGGACGUCACGCAAGUCCUGAUUGUCUUUAUCGGUAUCGUUUUUGCCGUGUUUACACCACAGCAGGGGCUCUAUGCACGUUAUGCGACGGCACAAGCCGUGAUCUGGCGUUUCGUGCACACCUUUGGACUGUUCUGGUCUCUCAAUGGACAAAGCGAGGCAAAGGUCUGGACACGUCACUUCGUCAAGUAUGGCGAGUCGCCAAAACGCGCAUGGCAAGAGUGGAAGAAUAUUUACCUGCUGAGUUUGACUGUCAUGUAUGUCACUUUCCUCUCUGCUGCAUACAAGAGCUACUCCAUUCCGGAUAAUUGGCAGUACAGUACCUGUCUUCUCCGUCACAUUCUUGGUAUCGCCCUGAUUGCCAUGCACAUUUGGACGUCCAUCUCUAUUCACGAAGUGCUUGGCACAUUUGGCUAUUUCUUCGGUGACUUCUUUGUUGAUUCAGCUCAGCCAAGAUUGCAAUAUACAGGUGUCUACCGCUAUCUCAACAAUCCUGAUCGUAUUGUUUACAGCUUUUGGGGUUUCGCUCUUCUUGCCAAUUCGACGAGCGUUAUCCUAUUGGCUGCACAAGCACAAAUCAUCAACAUUUGCUUCAUCACUUUUGUUGAGAAGCCACACAUGGAGAAAUUGUAUGGCGGUCAACUUCGCAAAGAAGCAGGCUUCAAGCGAUCACUCAAAUCCAUGCCAGUUGUGGAUCACCCUCAUGUCCGUCGCACAGUCGAGCAAGUCGAAGGCACGUUCGACCACUUGUUCGAUCGUGCCGUACAGAGCAUCCAGGACUUCUUCACACACACCAGACCUCAACUCGACAAAGCCAUUCAAGAAUCCAAAGUCCGCGUACACCGCUACUCAAAUAGCAUCACCAUCACCAAAAUCGCCGAUAAUUUGAAUAACCUCGACCUAUCGCAGUUCAAGCUCGAACUCGUCCCGAGUGCCGCUGCAGUUGCACAUCCGGAAGCGUCAUCCUUGACGAAUGUCUAUCAGCUCGGAGAACCCAUUCGUGUGCGUUGGCAAGCACCACUCAACCAUGCACGUCGUGACUGGAUCGGUGUGUAUCGCGUCACAGACAACUUGUCCAAAGACGUCACGCGCGUUGCUUCUCAAGGCCACUGGUCGGCUAUCGAAAGCAAGAGCUUUGGUGAUCACCAAGCUGAUAUCUUGGAAGAAGGGGAUGAAGCUGGUAUGGUUGAAUUCAGGGCAGAUACGGUACCUUGGACAGAGGGUACUUAUGAGAUUCGCUAUCAUCACGAUGGUAAGCACAAUGUUUUGGCUAUCUCGCAACCUUUUGAGAUUGCCGUUGAUCCACUCAUGCGCCUUGAAGAGACCACCAACCCGGCAAAAGACGAAGCAUCAGCCGAAGAAGUCGCUGCUGUCAUGCUCUCGCUCGUGCAAACCAUUCUUCGCAGUGAAAAGGACCUGGACUUGCCCAUCUCGCUGCAUGCUGCGAUUGUCUUUGGAGACGAUGCUGAAAAAUACGCCAAGAGAAUCGCCUAUGCUAUAGACAAGCGCUUUGGCGUUGAUCUUGCCUGGCAACUCGUUGCUACGGAUGCAUCUGUGGAGAAUCUAGCAAAACGUGUCGUUGAGGCGAAACGGGUCUUGAGGCCAUUUGUUCGGUAUGAUGCACGGACAGCUGGACAAGAAAGUGCUUUGCAGGCUUCAGAUGCUCAAAAGGAGUCGCAAUGGACUCUGUAAAACUCGAUAGACUCUUUUUGAAUUCAAUACCUUUAGACUAGGCAAUGAUACGUCUUCCAGC